AUGCCCCGAUCCGAGUUUGUUGGCGUUAAUUUGUCCCGACAUCACUCCAGGAUGUGUCGUCUCACAGCGUACAUUGGCACGCCCAUCGUAGCUGCCGAUCUCGUGACUCGCCCCAACCACUCCAUCAUCACGCAAUCUUUCGCCGCACGCGAGCGCCUGUGUGAGACGCACUACACACCGCCCUGCAUCAACGGGGAUGGCUUCGGGAUCGGGUGGUACUCCUCUGACAUGUCGGAAGACCCCGAGCCUUGCAUCUACCGCAGUACCCGACCGGCGUGGAACGACGAAAAUUUGAUGCAACUUUCAGAAAAAAUACGUUCUCAUCUCCUGUUCGCCCACGUGCGGGCCGCGACCCCUGGCUCGGUGGUAGCCGAGCGCCUCUGUCACCCUUUCCGGUGCGGACGCUACCUGUUCAUGCACAACGGCAAUGUGGGUGGCUUCGACCGUGUCCGUCGACGGCUGAUGGAUCGACUCAACGACGCCUGCUUCGAAUUCGCGGUGGCGAACGGGGCGAGCGACACAGUCGUGUGUUUUGCCCUGUUUUUGAACGCCCUGCCCGACCACAUGGCCGUGGUCUCCCCUGACGUGCUCCGGCAGAACAUGGAGGGCGUCGUGGCCCUGAUCGUUCGCACCUGCCAAGAAUGCGGGGUGGAGGAAGCUUCCUUGUUGAACUUUGUCAUCUCGGACGGCCUCAUGCUCCUGGCCACCCGUUUUGUCCACGACCCGAAAUCCCCCGACUCCUCGCCAGCCUCGCUCUAUUUCGGCGCGGGCACGGCGUACGAACGCAAGACGACCACCACGGCUGGCCCGGGGGGAGCAGUGGUGGCCGGGACGGGAGGAGAGUACGGCAUGACCCACACUGACCGGCGGAUCAAAGUCGUGAUCGCCACCUCGGAGCCUCUCUCGGACAACCACACGGACUGGGUGGUGGUCCCGCCCAACAACAUGCUCAUCGUCACGCCCGACCUCCACCUGCUUCUGGCCCCCCUGGGGGCCUCGGACGCGAUGGGCUUUGCAUUGGAGAACAUCAUGUCGAUGGAACGACGGCUUCUGCCGAUCGAACUCCAGGAUACGCUGGGCCCGGUGGCAUCUCGAGCGGUCUUGGGGAGGGAAGGAGGCGAGCCCAGGGUGGAAACGGCGCGCCCUGCGUCCUUGUCCCCGCGCAAAAGGCUGGAACCGGGGGAGGAAGGGGGGGAGGAAGGGGGGGAGGAAGGGGUGGGGAUCUUCCAGCGGGCCCGGCACAUGAUCUUGGGCCACAGUGAGUCCGCCUUGGCAUUAGCCGUGUCAGGCAACCUGUUGUUCAGCGGGUCCUUGGACGGGUGCAUCCGGGUAUGGAACAUUGAGACUUUCUCCCUCGACGCGGUGGUGCCCUGCGCGGAUGAGGGCCAUGCGGUCUUGGCCUUGGUGGUGCACGGGCAGGUUUUUCAGGCGCUUGCAAGGGUCCGCGGUUCGAUUUCCCCCUACGGUCACGCCGACCCUACCUCUCUCCCUCCCCGCUGCCCCCCUUCCUCCACCCCUCCUUCUCUCACCUUCGAAUCCGCCUUUUCCCCGACUGCCGUCUCCCUUUCCUACCACCCCGAACGCCUUGGGAUGAACCAUUUCGAGUCGCACCAUUGCGGGCCCGUCACGGCCCUGACCGUCUACCCUCCCUACGUGGUCUCCGGCGCGGGCGAUGGCUUCGUCAAGGUCUGGAGCCCGGCUUCCCGCUCCUGCGUCCGGACCUUGCAGGGCCACCACGGCUCCGUCUUGACCCUGCUGGCGGGGAGGGAGGAGGGGGUGGUGAUCAGCGGUUCGAGGGACGGGACGAUUAAAGUGUGGGACAUGGAGUCCUUCUCCUGCCGCCGCACCCUCCGAGGGCACAACGACGACGUGUUGAGCCUGGCAAUCUGGGAGGGCUUCCUGUUCUCUGGCGCCGCGGACGGGGGCAUCCUCGUCUGGCGGGUGGACAGCCUGACGUUUUACCAAGCGUUUCAGCAGGUGGAGCAGGGGGUUCAGAGUUUAGUGGCCACUCAGGAAGGGCAACGUUUGCUCUUUUCGGGCCUGCAAGGGGGCACGGUGCUUGCUUGGGACAUGCCGCAGGAGGCUUCGAAGAACGGUGGGAAGGGUGUCCGGAAGGAGGGAGGGAGGGAUGGAGAGCGGCGGGGGGAUGGGGAGGAUGAGGGAGUGGGGGGCCCUGAAUUGGUUCGCAUGGAGGAGUGCCUGAGCGAAUUUGUCAGUUACCAAAGCGUGUCAGUGUCUGAAGAAGACUUCCACAAGGAGGAAUGCUGGCGGUGUGCGAAAUUUUUGACCUCGCUGUUGGAACGUUUGGGGGCCAGCGUGAAGAUGGUUUCCUUGGUGGAGGGGAAAAGCCCUGUCGUUCUUGCGCGGUUUGGGAACCAACCAGAUAAACCCACAGUCACGUUGUACGGGCAUUACGACGUGGUACCAGCUUCGGAGAGGACCUGGAAGACGGAUCCUUUCGUCAUGAUGGCCUUGAACGGGUACCUCUAUGGACGCGGGGUCACGGACAACAAAGGGCCCAUCAUGGCGAUGAUCUUCGCGCUGAAGGAGAUGAAGGAGCAGGGAAUCUUAAAAGAUAUGAAUGCAGUUCUUUUGCUGGAGGGGGAAGAAGAGACGUCUUCGGAGGGGUUUCGUGAAGCGGUCCUACAAAAUUUGCAUUGGUUUAGGGGCACGGGCCUUAUCUUGCAAGCAAAUAGUACCUGGAUCGCGGACGAUCGUCCUUGCCUGACGUAUGGGAUGCGAGGCACAAUCCAUCUGGAGGUGCGAGUGCACGGACCUAAAAGGAACUUGCACAGUGGCAUCGAUGGCGGGGCAGUUGUGGAGCCUUUAAACGAUUUAGUGGGUAUUCUAGCGACAUUGGUGGACGCGCGCGGAAUGGUCCUGGUGCCAGAUUUUUAUGCCGAAGUGGAGGAGGUGUCGCAAGAAGAACUCGAGCUCUUCGACGCGAUGAAUUUGAACAUUGACGCAUAUAAAGCCUCCUUGGGCGUCAAGGGGCUAACCUGCAAUUCGGGCAGGGAGGUCCUCGCCGGGCGAUGGCGGCAGCCCACCCUCAGCAUCAACCAAGUGGCCUCCUCCAAUCCCACAGACUCCUACUCCAUCCUCCCUAAGGCAGCCAUGGCCAAAAUCAGUGUGAGGACCGUGCCCCGCCAAAAUCCUUCCCGACUAGUGGACCUCAUCCGGGCGCAUUUAAAGCACGAGUUUGGGAAACGUCGGAGCCCCAACGACCUUUUCGUGGAGGUGAAGAAAAUUGGGGACUGGUGGUACGGCGACCGAGGGGCGCAUGCGUUCGAAAUGGCGGAGAAGGCAAUUGAGGAAGUCUGGCAUCAGCCUCCCCUUUACGUCAGAGAGGGCGGCACCAUGCCCAUUACAGCCUUCUUGGAGGACCUGUUGAAAGCGCCGGCAUUGCACCUGCCUUUGGGUCAAUCCACAGACAAUGCACACCUGCCUAAUGAGCGGAUCCGCUAUUUGAAUUUGACAAACGGGAAGGAGAUCAUCAAGAGCAUUCUGCGGCAGGUCGGGGAGUCCGGCCGAGCGCGAGUGGGAAAUGGAGGGUCCUCGGUCCUCAAGGAAGGUCAAGUUCAAGGGAACGGGCAUGGAGAAGCGCAUAGCUCCCUCCACACGGAGAAAAUGGGAGAGGAGCCGAUGGCCUUGCCCGUCCCACAGGCCCGUCGGGCGGUCUCUGUUCCCCUUUCUCUCCUUCCUGCUUCCGCCUCGGGUACUCACGCGCAUCUGACCCCUCUGCAAACCGAGCCUUUGGUGACCCGCCCUACCAUCGCUAGGAGUGGUACGCCCACCCCGCCCUCGUCCUGCGCCUCAGCUUCAUGUCAUGCCCACAGCAAUGCAGGGACAGGGGGGGGGGCAGGAGGAAGCGGGGGGAGGAUGGGGGGGUUGAGAAGCCAGCCGGCGUCGCCUACCGUCACCACGAUGGGGCAAGGGAAUGGAGGAAACACCCCGAAUGCGGGGAAUGGAAGCAAAAAAGGAUGGAUG